AUGACCUACACGAUUUUGGGCCGCGCCAUUCCGAAGCAAUACCUUUCUAUGGGAACACUUGCGACCAUCGCUGGCGUAGCCGUGUAUUCUCGUUCUGGCAAGUCAGCGGCUCCAAAAUCAAUGGACGAAGCCAAGAACUCCGUUCCACUUAAUGCUGGUUCAAAAGAGGAGGAGGAAUUGUACGUUUCUCUACUCACUCUUCGCUUUGACUAUUCAUUUGACGAGGGCGGACAGUAUAAGAACGUUUAUUGCAGAGGCGGAGAAGGAAAAACCCUCCUUGCUCUGAUCACUCAUGUCCUCCAAACGGCAUUCGCUACCAGUUCCCCGACCUCUUCAAUUAACCAUACGACACCCACCACGCCGAAUGCGCGACGGUCAUCCUCCAUCGUCUAUAAUCCUCCCCGUUCAACGCAAGGACCGACACGUAGUCACUCAGUGGGGGGAUCUUUGGGAAGACGUCGUUCUGCGCCUCCUGAAAGGUCUCCAGCGCCCGUCACCCUGGCAGAUAGACAUAAGGACUUACUAGAAUUCAUCGCUCAGAAGGAGGCAAAAGUUUUAGAAUUGCGAAGUCAAUUAGCGGCCCAUGAAAAUGAGCUUCUGCAACUGAAGCGAAAGUGGGAGCGGAUUGUCAGCCGUGGGUUUACUUCACACAACAUACCGAGCGUUUCUGGUGUCAACAUCGAGACCGACUCCUCAAUAACUUCCCCCACAAAUAGUGGCGCGAUGCUAGACGGUAUUCGAGAGGGCGUGCAAGGGGUUGGACGUCUCAUUGCUGCCUUCUCGCCAACCCCAUACUCGACAUCUGAAUCCCCUACGCGCCAUACGCACUCAACAAGCUCCAGUACAUCUGGGACUAGUAAAUCCACGCGUCUUUCACAGUCUUCUACUUCGUCAAUCGAGGAAGAGUCGAGUUGUGCUGACGAUGCGGAGGGACAAGUCCUUAUGGUGCAUGACACUGGCGCAACUCCGACUAUGAGUCCAAAUCCUGCCUUUAAUGUUCGUCGACACCAACAACAUCUCCCUGAACAAGCCCCUCAGGCCGAGGAGGGGUUAUUCGAUUUCGCUGUGGCCAAUGCAACGAGUAUUCACGGUGCCACACCAGCUUCUGGGUGGGUUGGAACAGUGGGUAAGAAAUGGGAAGAACUUCAGCGCGUUCCGAGUGUCGCAAAGAACACGAAACGAGCGUCACUUUUGUUUUCUGACAUUGCGUCUGCCUUGCAAGGUGUAACAGUAACAUCUUCGUCCCCGUCCCCGUCCAUCUCUUCGACAUCUCUUCUCGACGAUGAUUCAUUGGGUGAUGCCAUGCUACUCCAAGCUCCUGCACUGACGCCCGCGCCAGUUGCGUCUCUCAAGUUGUCUGCUCGGAUGGUCUCCAAUAACCACCAACAACCGCAAUCCCUACUACCUCCAGCUAAUGCCACGUCAAAGCCUCCAGAGGUAGCGACACGAAGAGACGAUAGUGACGACGAGUGGAAUUGGUAG